AUGCCAGCUCCCCGCUUCUCGAAACAGCUUGCCGGCCACCGCCUCGACGUCAGCUCCCCGCACCUCGAUGCUGCACCCCGACCGCCGCCUCGACGCCAACUCCCCCCAAUCGGCCACUCCGGUGCUUCUGUUAGUUGGCCACCGCAGGAAGAAGCCAACAGCUCGGCCGCAGCAGGAGGAAGCCCGUCGCUCGCCGCCGCAGGGAGAAGCUCGCCGCUCUAUAGGUGCCGUUAUUAG